AUGGAGAACCCCUCAUUUGUCCUGCGAGACAUCAAAGACGUCGUCAUUGAAGACCGGCCCAAACCCACCCUCAAAGACCCUCACGAUGUGAUUGUCCAUGUGGCACAGACAGGUAUUUGUGGAAGUGAUGUUCACUACUGGCAACGCGGUCGCAUCGGCGAUUUCAUCCUCACUGGACCCAUGGUCCUCGGCCACGAAUCCUCCGGCGUAGUUGUCGAAGUCGGUGACAAAGUCUGA